AUGAGUCCGAUGUUCCCCUACUUCGCCCAAGAAUUCCACCUCGACGAUACUCAGCUCCUUCUCCUCACCGGGGUGUGUAUUUUGACCUUCGCAUACGCCAACUUCAUCGCCGUACCGUGCUCCAACAUCUUCGGCCGGCGCAUGACCUACUUCAUCUUUACCGUGAUCAGUAUCGCCUCGUAUAUAUGGCAAGCUCGCGCGACAUCCUAUACCAGCUUGAUCGUGGCACGAGUGUUGAAUGGGUUCGGGGCUGCCAUCAACGAGACGAUGCCUGUACAGAUCAUCGCAGAUUUAUUCUUCCUGCACGAACGAGGACGCUGGAUGAUGGCAUAUUUCUCCACAACCUCCCUAGGCGGAUACUUAGGGCCCGUAAUCUCCGGCAACAUCACCCAGCGAUUCGGCUGGCGCAGCUUCUUCUGGCUCUCCAUGGCCCUAACCUGCUUCAACUUCCUCACCCAUAUCCCCAAAACCCCCUCCCCUAUCCCCAUCCCCAACCCCCACCCCAACCACGAACACGGCCGCCCCUCCCGCCCCCAAUUCCACCUCUACCACACCCCAGACCCAAACUGGAAAUCCCUCCUCCUCCGCGCCAUCCUCACUCCCAUCCGAAUAACCCUCUACCCCCUAAUCCUCUGGACGGCCCUCACAGCCUCCGGCCCGGGCAACAUCGUCCUCCUCUACAACCUCACCGAAUCCAGCGUCCUCGCCUCCCCACCCUACAACUUCACCGCCUCCCAAGUCGGCUACUCAAACUUCUCCUUCGUCAUCGGCGUCCUACUGGGUCUCAUCACCGCCGGCCCCCUCUCCGACCUCACAGCCAUGCACCUCACCACCCGAAACAACAACAUCUACGAAGCCGAAAUGCGCCUCCUAUCCCUCCUCCCCUUCGUUCUCCUCCUCCUUAUCUCCGUCCUCGUGGGCGCAUUCGCCAUCACCAAUCUCUGGCCCUGGCCUAUCAUAUUAACAAUAGGAUAUGGAUUCAGCGGAUUAUUCAGUGCCGCGAUCGCAAGUAUUGCCGUUGCUUAUGCGGUGGAUUGCUAUAAGCCUAUUUCCGGAGAGAUCAUGGUUGUGGUCACCGUGGUGAGGAAUACCUGUGGGUUUAGUAUGAGUUAUUGGGUGCCGGGGUUGGCGGGGAGGAGUGGGUUGGGGUUUCUGGCGCCGGCGUUGGUGCAGUUGGGGGUUACGGUGGGGCCGUUGGUGCUUGGGGUUGGGGUUUGGGGGUUUGGGAAGAGGUUGAGGGGGUGGACUAGGGGGUCGUGGGUGCAUUUUUUGGGGGAGUAG